UAACAAAAAAAGGAACGGGACACAAAAAAUUCACACAGCGCCACUCCAUCCUUCUUCCUUAUCUGUUUCUGAUCGUCGAUGAUUGGUCGCAACCCUAGUUGCAGCCUUACACCACCGCCUCAUCGACCUCAACCCUUCGUUGUCGCCUUCCUCGACUCUGAUUUCUCGUCGCACCAUUGCAGCUCUCAUGAAUCACUAGCAUCAACAGGUACUGGUUUUCAUCUUGAAUCAUCAAAAGUGGAAGCAAAUUGUGUUUGCUUCAACAACCAAAUUGGUGGAACUCAAUACACGCUGAUAGAAUCAAGAUAGCUGCAGGGCCUUCCUGUUGUUGUUUUUCUUUUCUUUUUAGAGUAGGAAUAUGUUGAUAUAGAAGAAGUUUUGGUAAUUUGAUGUUGUUGUUUCCAUGGUUUUUAUUUACAUACAUAUUUAUAUAAAGGAAAAUAUGUCAUGGUUUUCCUUUUGAUUUGAAAUUGUGUAUACAUGAUUUGCUAUCUCGAAUUAUUGCUAAAAUGAUAUUAUUGAUUAAUUUU